AUGGCAUGUCACAUAUCAGAACCCCCGGAUGACAUUCUCCCAAGCACAACUUUGGUGCACCAGAUUGAGAUUCUUUUAGACCCUGAUUUUGCUAAUCUCAUCUCUCUAAUAUCCUUUGGCUUGAAUUUCAAGAUGAACCUGAUAAUUUUGAUGAGGUUGGAAGUCUCUGUAAAAUCUCAAUCUGAAGACGAAUUUGGGUCGAUCCAUUCAUGUACCGGCUUGCUUUCUGUUUUUCAAUGCAUGCUCUUCGCUUGCAGACUUGUAUUAAAUCCUACGGCGGCCGAGUGCAUAAGCCUUGCUUCCACCAUGAAAAUGGAAGGAUUUACAUCAGGAUCCACGGGAGAAGGAAGGAAGAAGGAAAACUGA